CUCAGGAAUUUGUGGUAAAUAAGCAUACAAAAGUGGUCCAGAUCAUAACCUUAAAAUGGAGGGUGUUUACAAAGGAAAGAUUCGAUGCGUGAUUGUGAACAAUUUCAUCACCUACAAUGCAGUGAAGAUCUACUUUGGACCCUAUUUGAAUGUCAUCCUGGGCCCCAAUGGCUGUGGCAAGUCGACGAUUGUGGCUGCAAUUGUGAUUGCAAUGGGCGGGAGUUGCAACACUUUGGCGCGUGGGAAGCAGCUGAAGGACUUCAUAAAGAACGGCACGAACAAGGCGGCGAUUGCUGUGGAGAUUUACGAGGAUGACGCGCAGAAUACUGUCGAGUUUUACCGCUCCUUUGAUGACCAAAACAAUCUGAGAUUCAAAGUGAACAAGAAGAAAGUGUCACAGAAGGCCUACAUGGAGCGCGUCAGGGCAUUCAACAUCCAAGUGGACAACCUGUGUCAAUUUCUGCCGCAGGAUCGUGUGCAGGACUUCUCUAAGCUGAAUCCACAGGAGUUGUUUGUUAGCACGCUGAAGUCUGUAUGUGAUGAGGAGAUGCAGCAGAUGUAUCAGGAGCUGCUGGCGAUGGAGAAGCAGGCAAGUAGUUCGGGCACGGAGUUGGGCAAGUGGCGAACGGAUCUGAAGGAGGCGCAGACACAGAAUGACCAGCUGAGGGUAAAGAUUGCCAACAUGGAGAUGCACUCGAGGCUGCAGGAGAUGGUGCAAGUGGGAAAAAUGAAGAAGCUGCACUUGCAAGCGGAGGAACUCACCGGGAAGAUGACAGACUGCAAGAAGGAUUGUGAGACUGCAGUGAGAGGACUGAAGGAUAAACAGAAGCUGCUGGAGCCGAUUAAGAAGGAGAGUGAGCAAUUCCUCCAGCAGAUCAGGAAGCUUGACGCUGAUAUCACUACGCAUAGGAAUGGCAAGGAGAAGAUCAGCGCGGAGCUGUCUAAGCUCGAUGCCGAGACUGAGAAGAUCGAGGAGGAAGUCCGUGAGGCCAGGCAGAACUUCCGGAACGCCAAGAGGCAGAAGGAGAGUCAGGAGGAGGACAUAAUCAACUGCACCAACAUACUGUCAGGCCUGGUGGGUCAACUGCAGGCGGCUGCGGAGAACAAGCCGGAGAUAGACAGGCAGAAGAGCACUCUGCAGGCGCAGGUUAAAACAUUGCGUGAGCAGGAUGAGACAAUGAUGCGCGAGCGCCUCGAUUUGACCGAGAGGGUGGAGAAUCAGAUCCAGACGGAGAUGCAGCGAAUGACGAGGUUGAUUGCCAUGUGUGAGACGCCAGAACAGCAGCACCUGGAAGCGCUGAAGCUGCGCCAUCCGGACAUGUACAGGGCGACAAUGUGGCUGCGCGAGAAUCGCCAGAUAUUCAGCGGCCGGAUUUAUGAUCCUAUCGCGCUGGAGCUGAAGGUGAAGAACAAGGAUGACGCGAAGUUCCUGGAGAACACGAUCAGCGUGCGUGACUUCACGGCAUUCCUAUGCGAGAAGACGGAGGAUGCGAAGAAGCUGAUCAAGAAGUUGACGCACGAGAUGAAGCUGAAGGUGAAUAUUGUGCAGAGCGAUACAGCGACUCAGGUGAACUACAAGCCGAACAUUCCCAUUGAUGAGAUCAGGCGCUUCGGUUUCAGGCAGUAUCUGUUGGACAUGGUAGAGGGCCCGUGUCCGAUUCUCAACUUCCUCUGCCAGGUGUACAAUCUGCACAACAUUCCCGUAGGCGACGACAGCACGGAUGAGAAGCUGGAUGAGGUGACAGAGUGGGGCAGGGUGCAGUUGCUCUUCACGCGCACUCAUCGCUUCUCUCUGGCCAAGUCGCGCUAUUCCAGCGCCACGACGACCACGUGCACUGAGAUCUCGGGCAAGGGCUUGCUCAGCACGCCGACGGAUCAGUCGAAGCUACGCAGCUAUCAGGAGAAGCUGCAGGAGUUGACCAAACUACGCGAUGAACAGCGAUCGCUGAUCAGCCAGUACGAGUCACGGAUGAGACACAAUGCGGAGACGACGAGGGAGUUGCAGGUGAGGCUGAGGGAUGUUGUGGCGAAAGGGGUGCAAAUUGGGCGACUGCAGCAGCGCGUGCAGGAGCAGAAGGAGCAGCUGAAUCACAUCCAGGGAUUGGUGAUUGAUCUGGACGUGGAGAAGCGCAAGUAUCAGGGUGGCGUGAAGGCAUCCCUGAAGAAAUCGCUGGCGCUGCAGCUGCAGAAGGUCGAUAAGAUGGGCGUGUGGAAGAAUCAUUCCAAGCAGUUGGCGUUAAAUCGGGAAAUGCUGAAAAAGGUCAACGAGAGCAACAGUGAUCUGAAGAGGCGCCUUUGCGAUGCUGAAGGCGCUGUGGCGAAUUCGCAGAGUCUCGUAGAUCAGAUAAAAGGUUCGCUGGAGGGAAUCAAGAAGAGGAUCGUGGAGAAGAGGAAUGAGAUUAAGGCGCUUCAGGUGGCGAUGUUUCCCGCCGACAUGAAGUACGAAGAGCACGAGCAUUUCCGCGCCUUCGCCGCCACGAUGGACCAGUUGGAGGAGCAGCUGGAUGCGCUGCAGGCGCAGGUGGAUUGCAUGGAGGGCCACAAUGAGGCCGUGAUUGCGGAGUACGAAGCCAGGGAGAAGACGAUCGAGGAGUUGCGGGAGAAGAUCAAGAACAGCAGUGCUCAGCAUCAGGACAUGCAGAAGAGGAUGAGUGAGAUGCACAAGAAGUGGUUUCCGGCCAUUGAGGAGAUCAUCAUUGGGAAGAUCAGCCGCAAGUUUUCCCUCUUCCUGGCGUCCAUGAGCUACGCAGGAGAUUUGGGGCUGACCAGGAAAGAUGAUUAUCAAUACUCGAGCUAUGGCAUCGAGAUCAUGGUGAUGUUCCGCAACACGGAGACUCUGCAGCGGCUCAACAGAUUCGUGCAGUCGGGCGGCGAGAGAACCGUGGCCAUUGCGACGUUCACGCUGGCGAUGCAGCAGCUGAACCAGGUGCCCUUCCGCUGCGUGGACGAGAUUAAUCAGGGCAUGGACCCGAAGAACGAGCGCAAGAUCUUCGAACUGCUGGUGGACGAAACUGCACAGCCCGGAAUGUGCCAGUAUAUCUUCGUCACGCCGAAGCUGCUGCCCAACCUCAGGGCCAACGAGCACGUGACCUUUCACACAGUGUUUAAUGGGCCGUACAUCCGAAGUGCCAUCACGUUCCUGCCGGCCGACCCGCGGACCAUCACGCAAGCGCAUCAGGGAAAUACGGCGAACUGAACUUGAGGGGGGUUUCUUAAGAAGGUGAAGUAGAAGGGAAUGUGAUGGGAUGAAAUAGAUUAAGGCUCUAGGAUUUAAGACGUUGUUUAUUAUGAAUUUGAGAAGUUUUGAGCAAAGAGUAUUUAAGCAAAUGGGGUUUGAAUAAAAAUCACAGAGACUGAGAAGUUGAAUAUCGUUAAGUUUUCUUCAUACAUAUUCCUAUGUUUUUGUUCCAUGAAGUGAAAUGAAUUAAA